AUGGCCGCGUUGACGUAUGAAUCCUCUGAUUACCGAGCACAAAGUGCAAGAAGAGAGUCCGAACCAGCUGCAAUUACAGGACAGUUGCCGGUAACUUCGAUUGACCUUGGUGACGAAAUAUUGAAAGUUCUGAAAAACAACCCUAUUGGAUUAUCUCCAGAAGGGACUUACCUUCCAGACGAGGAAUACGAUAGACUAUUGAGGAAAGACAGGAUACAAGCUGUACUUGGUGGUGGCCGCGAGGUUUUCACCCUGGUCGAAUACAUUACAAGCAGCGCGAAAAAGACAUUUGCGACAUUGCUGCAGGUAUUUUCUAAUUGGGAAGAUCGUCGCGAUGUCAUGGCCUCCCUAAUGGAGAAAGAAUUCAACGACACGCUCUUAGAAUCCUACGAACUUAGCACGUCAUACUUUCAACAUAGGUUGUGGAACGAGAGAACAAUUGACGAUUUCAAAAAUAAACGGCUGUCAUUUAUCAUCCCCACGUUUGAUAUCAAUGUAUUCAAAUAUGAAUUCGAUAAAAAGCAAAUUCUUCCGUUCACGGUUCUUGACGAAGCAAAUACUCCGCCAAGAAGCGGCCACUUCAGCGAAGUCGAAUGUGUGAAAAUGUUGACUAGUAAGCAAAAUAAAGUCAACGCUCCUGACAAGACAAUGAGGGUCGCUUUGAAGAAGUUGAAAAAAAUUGGCGACCCUGGCUAUAACAUUCAUAAAGAAUGGGAGCGUGAGGCAAGAGCUCACCAACAGCUAAAUUGUUCAAGUCCAAACCUCAUUCAAGCUUUUGCUGCCUACCGCCAAAUUGCGACAAAUAGACAGCUCGACGAAUACUAUCUUGUCCUUGAAUGGGCCAAUGGCGGAAGCCUCUUUGACUUCUGGGAAAACAACCCUGAGCCACAAGUGGAUUGUCCCGACGUUGGCAAGGUUCGGCGAAGGGUCAAAGAGGUGGCGGAGCAGCUACAUGGACUAGCGCAGGCUCUCGAGGCAAUGCAUUCUACUAGUGCCCGCACCCCUGGAAAUAGCAGAAAGAAUUCCACAUCAAACUCGCCUAGACUCCUAUCAGAGAAUACUGCAACCUGGGAGGAGGAUACUUUUGAUAACGGUAGACCAUUUGUGGAUAGCUCUUCUUUGCCUACGUUCAAUUUCGACUCCGAGGAAAACAGCGACAGCAAUGCAAAAAUACCAAGCAUCUUGGUUUCUUCUGACCCUGCAAGUUUAAAAGCAACCGAAAAUUCUGACUCGCUGAAUUGGCGUCAUGGGGAUAUCAAACCGGAGAAUAUAUUACGUUUUACCACCGGCCAGAAAGAUGAUGAAUUAGGGGUCCUAAAGCUCGCAGAUCUGGGAAGAGCUCAACAGCAUCAAUUUGUGACAAGCAUGAGACAUACUAAGGAGAAGGAACUUUGGAGAACACGAUGGUACGAACCACCAGACCUUGAGAAGAAGAAUCAUGAGGAGGCUGAAGGCAAAAUUUCACGCCUAUUCGAUAUUUGGUCCAUGGGAUGUGUAAUUUUUGAAGCCGUAUUGUGGUUGCUAUAUGGACACGAGUCUCAUAAUGUCUUCUUGCGAGCCAAUGGAUUUCCCACAGGAGAGAAAGGUGCGACACCAUAUUGGCGAAAAAGAAGAGAUGGAAGCUACGAAUUGACGGAAGCUCUUACAGAGUGGAUGAACCAUAUAUUAGAGCACGACUUAGAACGCGAUGGUGUUAUCGGUGAUCUGAUAAGAUUGACGAGAGAUAGAUUGCUCAAGAUCAAACUGCCUCCAAACUCUGACCUCUACGCCAAAGGCUUCCGUACAAACGCAAAAGAUCUAAAGGAACAGCUUGAAAAUAUUCUUAAAAGCGCUGGAAAUAAGAAUUAUUUGUUCACCACAAAAAAAACAUUACAAUCUACAAGUGGUUCGUUAUUGUCGGCUGAAGAUGCAAGGGGAGUAAAUGUUCCUAUUGUUAAAGGACGGAGAACUGAGAUAGCUCAUCGGCGUGAGUAUACCAGCAACAUAAAAGACCAGUGGAAGACUACUCCUGAAGAUCCUUCAUUUGUUGAGUCGAUAUUAAAGGGCCGGAAAUUCGGUUGUGACGAACCCGAAUUGUGUACAGACUGCAAUGAUAUCAACAUUUCGUCACUGCAUACGGAAACUUCUCACAAUAUGAAUAUACUGGAGACCAAAUCAAUAAAAAAUGAGUGCGACCUCUGCGAAGUAAUCUAUACGGCAGCCAAAGAUCACGGCAUCAAGAGUCGUGAUGGUAUCCAGCAGAUCUCAUUAGUACGAUCAGGCGAUGAUUUCCUUCUGAAAGGAACCAAGCGAAAGUUUCUUCGCCUGAUUGAAUCAAGGCAGGAUACAACAGCUCCUUUGGCUGCACCGGAGCUAGCUUCACUGACCAGUAGUCGAGACCCCUCUCCUGCGGAUCUUGACUCCUUUAUGAAACUACCAAGGGCGUGGCUUGAAGAAUGUGAUGAGAAUCACAAAGACAUUUGUGCACCCAAGGAUACUCAUAUCCUCCCAACAAGGCUCAUCAGUGUCGCAAACCUGAAGAAACCAAAGAUCGUAGCGACUGCAGAUCUCUCUCAGACUGUUCUUCCGGAAGGUACUCGAUACAUUGCACUUUCUCAUAGGUGGGGGGGUAUGCCUUAUGAAGCGAUGACAACGCAGAAUAAUCUCGAACAACGCCAGAGGAAAAUCCCGAUGCACGAGCUACCACUAAGCUUUAGGAACGCCAUUGCAAUUACGAGCGCACUGGGCUGUACCUAUCUGUGGAUCGAUUCUCUUUGCAUCAUACAAGGUCCUGGUGGUGAUUUUGGUGAGGAGGCAGAUAAGAUGCAAACAACAUUUAACGGUGCGUACUGCGUCUUGGCUGCUUGCAAUGCCGAGAGUGCCAAGGUUGGCUUCUUAGAAAAUCGAGAAUCACGAUCAAAAUGUGUCAAGAUCGGUAAUGUCUUUGUCUCGCCAAUCACAAUCGAUUUUGAGCGGGAUGUCCUUCAAAGCCCCCUAGCCCGGCGUGGAUGGGUUUUACAGGAACGCGCCUUGGCACGCAGAACUAUUUACUUUACAGACAAUCAGACCUAUUGGGAGUGUGGCGAGGGAAUUCGUUGCGAAACAUUGGUAAAGCUCAAGAACGAUAAGAUAGCUUUCCUCGGUGACCCCAACUUUCCCGACUACACAAUCCGACCAUCAAGCACCGUCGGGGAUCAAAUCAAGCUUUUUAUUGAUUUGUUCCAGAGAUAUACCAGGCUAGAGUUUUCUCAUCCGGAGGACCGUCCUAUCGCAAUUGAUGGACUGAUGGAGCGACUCACCAUCGCAUUCAAGACACGAAGCUUAGCAGGGCUUUUCAAAACAUUCUGGGGCUGCUGUUUGCUUUGGCGACGGGCUGACAAUACAAGACCGCUGAAAAAGAUUCCAACUGGCACAAAUCAUCGGCGGACACCACCAACUUGGUCAUGGAUGGCUUUUGAUGGCGCAAUCACGUUCAUCGAGCCUGUUGGCGGUCAAGUUUCUUGGAAUGGUGCUGGAGUGAAACUACCAUUUGCUAAUCUUACCGGCUAUCAAACUUCAUGGCUUCGAACAAGCUGCCAGAAUGAUUGUGUGGCUAUCCAAGCCAAAGUGUUUGACUUCAACAUACCUGCAAACGCUAGCAGAAGUGAGGCAUGUAUAUAUUAUGAUGACUCAACGAUUUGUACAGCUAAAUGUGUGAUUGUUGGUACUGAAAAAUAUCAUGCAAAUGAUGCAAGUAUGGAGAAACAUUACGUCUUGAUCGUCAAGCCGCUUUCAGACAUCCUCAGUACGAUAUCUUACGAACGUUGUGGCGUCGGAUACAUGCUAGGCAAGUAUAUUCGCUUGGGUGACCCUUCUGUUUAUGUGCCAAUCGAGUAG